UCAAGUACGAGGGCAUGUCGGAUGAAUUCUGAGGUGGCGCUUGUCAAGCUAAGCAGCUUGGUCGCUAGCUGUCAGCAGAGUACAAGUCAGAGUUGCGGGCAGCGACGCUGAGCUCCACGGCUCUUCCCCGACCUCUUCACCUGACUGCACAUUUGACAGGACGGAGUUAAAAUGUCUGCCUGCUCGUGUGGCCGCGUGUCUGUGGUCGCUCUCACCUGAGCGAGACAGGUGCUAACUGUUAGCCUGUUAGCAGCCCGGGUUGUUUACUGCACCAGCCGCCUCCACUGCGGCUCUGCACGGAUUUCCACUGUACGCUCUGCUGAUUUGAGGAGUAUCACGAGAUGUUCCUGGUGGGGCUGACGGGAGGUAUCUCCUCAGGGAAAAGCACGGUGUCUUCAAUGCUGCGGGAGCUCGGCUGCCCUAUUAUUGAUGCUGAUGUUGUGGCCAGGAAAGUCGCAGAGCCCCACACACGUGCCUAUUCCCGCAUCGUCUACCACUUCGGGCCGGAGAUCCUGCUCGAGAACGGGGAGAUCGACCGGCAGAAGCUGGGCCAGCUCAUCUUCGCCAACGAGGAGAAGAGGAAGCUGCUGAACUCCAUCACCCACCCGGAGAUCCAUAAAGCGAUGCUGAAAGAGAUCCUGUACUACUUUCUCAGAGGUUACCGCUAUGUGGUGCUGGAUGUUCCACUUCUCUUUGAAACCAGACGACUCACUCAGUUUCUCAACCACACUGUAGUAGUUUACUGUGACCCUGCCACUCAGCUAUCGCGCUUGAUGCAGAGGGACGGCCUGACCCAAGAGCAGGCCGAGCAGCGCGUGGCCGCACAGAUGCCGCUCAAUGAGAAGCGCGGCUUGGCCAGUCACGUUAUCGAGAACUCAGGCAGCCGAGAGGACACCCACCGGCAGGUCCUGCGGUUGCACACAAAGCUGGAGGACUCCAUGGACUUCCUCUUAGUUAGAGUCAUUGCCAUUGCAGCCACUACAGGUCUGGGAGGGAUACUGCUGUAUGCAGCCAAGAUACUUUUGUCCUAACAGAGGAGAGAUGGGGGGAGGGUUCGUGGUCCAGGAUGUGGUCAAAUAUGAGGGUGUGAAUAGAAGCAGGUGAAGGCACGUCAGGGGUACUGGUGCAGUUCACUGUGAGAUUAGUUUCACAGCACCCAGCGCUACAGCUCUGAGGUGUGACAGGCUCUGUUUGCAGUUAACACUGACUUACUUUAUUGACACAACGUGCACUGACAAACAUGGUUUGGUUUGAAGGGUUUCUAUGUGCAAUUUCAGUUGGUUUUUACUCCAAGACACUAAAAAUAACAUGCAGUCCCUUAGAGGCUCAGUCGCUUUACAAGCUCGCUGAUGCUCUCAACAGUGAUGAAACUCACAACUAACGGCAGUAAAUGUAAAAGGCAGAAUUGUACAAACUGAAGAGAUUUUAUUUUGUUACACUUAAUACAGCUAUCCAAAUGAGACAUUCUGGGUGAUUUGUAUAGACUGUAAAUCUCAACACCAGACAGUAGAAAGAGCAAAUGGAGUAGUAAAAGGCUGUUCAUUCUUAACAACUAUAGAUUUGGAUUUUGUCAUCUAAUGGCACGAACUGAUGAUUUUUAGUUCAGUAUGUCAAAACUAUACUACAGAAGAAGAUGAGGGCUUCUGUGAAAAAUGUAUUUGAGUUUUGACAGGUUUUUCUUUCCUCAGAAUUCUUUAACAACGUCAGAACUGAAAUAAAGUUUUCACCGUGGCCUUGACCCUCUUCCGUACUGUCCCCAGUCUAGAAUAUAUUUUAAAAUUUAAAAAUGCUGUUUAGGGAUCGGACACCUACUGAUUGUAUGUUGAUGCCCCUCAUGAUGAAGAUUAAUGACAGAAUGUAUUUGACAAUCCAUAUUUAAUGGGAACAGUGUGAAUCUACACAAAUUAACAGACUUUAUAUUUAUCACUGUAUUUUCUUAUACUACACAGCUGUCCUCUGUAAAUACUAAAUCUGUGAUUUCCUUUUUUGUUUGUUUGUUUCCUGUGCAGUGCGCACCCUCAACUUGUAACUAAAACACAGCAUUUGUAACAUUAGCUGCUUGAAUGAAAUAUAAAUGAUCCAAUACUACUGUUUUAAAGUAACA